UGCAAGCCGAGAACGGGGCUGUCGCUCGGAAGGAGCUUCGAACGCUUAACGUGGCCCACGAUCGACUAGGCUGGGAGCGCGGCGCUGGAAAAUCUUGGCUCGGAAGUUUCCACAUUUAUUGCCCUGUGCCCCUUUUUUGGGGGAGGGGGGAGUAGUAAAAGUGGAGGAGCCUGGGGAGGUCGCCGGAUGGACUAGCGGCGCUCCCUAGAAUUAAGUAGCCUGCCCCGAGGGUGCCCCCAGGUUUUAGAUUUCCCUCUCCCGAUCCGGUAUUGCUGUGGUUCGGAUCGGCCAUGGAGGUGUUGGAAAGUGGGGAGCCGAACCUGUUGCAGUGGGAUCGGAAGCUGAGCGAGCUGUCAGAACCGGUGGACUCGGAUGCUCUGCUCUACAGCACGCAUUUCACAGAACUCCUUGACGAGUUUUCCCAAGACAUAUUGGGUCAGCUCUUGAACGAUCCUUUCCUGUCCGAGAAGAAUGAGAUGAUGGAAGUGGAGCUGUCGCCGGCUUCUCCAGCGCCCCUCAUUCAGGCAGAACACAGCUAUUCACUGUGUGGCGAUUCUCGACCCCAGUCCCCAUUGACCCACAUUUCAGCCGAUGACAAUUUCAAUGAAGCAGAACUGGAAAAUGAAGACUGGUGCCUGGGUCCGGAGCUGGCUUCAGCCACCGUAAAGACGGAACCUUCUGUGGGGGAAGCCCCUGGACUUGCUCCCUCCGUCAGCCUUACUGUCACGACAAGUGCCAUGGCCCUUGACGGAGAGGAGUCUCCACUGCAGGAUGAUGGCAUGGCUAAACCACUGAGUCCCAAAGUCCUUCCGGAGAUCAAACUGGAGCCCCAUGAAGUGGAUCAAUUUCUGAACCUUUCUUCCAAGGAAGUGGUGGAUACUCUUCACAUGCCUCCAACUCCUCCCAGCAGCCACGGCAGUGAUUCAGAAGGUGGUCAGAGCCCAACAAGGUCCCUUCCGCCAUCAAGUCCCACACAGUUACAAGCCAAUGUUAAAGUGACACCACGUGUGGCCUCAGCGCUCACAAAUUCUCCUCUUUUAACAGCGCCGCAUAAACUGCAGGGCACGGGCCCUCUGAUCUUGACAGAGGAGGAGAAAAGGACACUGAUAGCAGAAGGGUACCCUAUCCCCACAAAACUGCCUCUCACAAAAGCCGAAGAGAAAGCACUUAAGAAGAUCCGUAGGAAAAUCAAGAACAAGAUCUCUGCCCAGGAGAGCAGAAGAAAAAAGAAGGAAUAUAUGGACAGCCUAGAGAAAAAGGUUGAGUCCUGCUCCUCUGAGAACAGUGAGCUUCGCAAGAAGGUGGAAGUUUUGGAGAACACAAACAGAACACUCCUGCAGCAGUUACAGAGGCUGCAAGCCAUGGUGGCCGGCAAAGUGUCUCGCUCGUGCAAAGCGGCUAGUACACAAACAGGAACGUGUCUCAUGGUGGUAGUAUUAUGCUUUGCAAUUAUUUUUGGCAGCUUCUCACAGACGUAUGGGCCUCGUUCCUCCACCACAAAGGCCGUCCUGCCAAACCAGCAUUCCACACCAGAAUCAUAUACAGCCUCCAUCGUGCGGUCGAGGAGCCUGUUAACUUAUGAGGGGCCUCACCCGUUGGAGGAACCGCAUCCCUCAGAUCACAGCAACAGCUGGGACAGGCACAAGGAUGCCUCCAAACACCCGGCCCUGUCCUUGGAAUCGGUCUCCAGGGUGCAUCGUGACCAAGUCACGGAGAUCACAAUAGCCAAUGAAACCAGACUAGAGAAGUCAGUGCGGGUGGAGCUGCAGCAACACAGAGUCGGCUCAGAGCUGGAUGCAAAUAAAACGUUGAAGAUAAUUGAAAUUGACAGAAGAGUUAAUGCUACAUCUUAAAAAAGAAAACAAAUAAGGGAUCUUUCUUAUCCCUCUUUCUUCUUUCCAACCAAAGGGCUGAGGAACUUGUCACCAUCAGUAACUUCAGGGCAGGAGAGGAAAGCAUUUGUCUGACUUUUGUACCAGAUGGAGAGGAAGUGGCUUGGGUCUGCUGUUCUUGUUUUCUCUCUCUCCUUCCCCAGUUGUAACUGCACAAAGCCGCACUCUUUAGCUGCCUUUCUGGACCUGCAGCCAACAGGGAGAAUCUAAAGGCAGCUGGGCCAAGAAGAUGUUGCUGGUAGAGAGAUGAGGGAAACAGGUGUAACUCCUACCAAGGUGCUGAAUGACUCCCCGAGUGGUGCUCACAUUGCUGUAAAAAACAGAUGAUGUAACUUAGUUCCCUUACAAUAUGUACAAGAGGAAUUGGUCCGGUAGAGGCUCUUCUGGAUUAGACCUAUCUCAUGCUGUUGGGAUGGGAAGUAAAUCUGUGAUCAGUUUUUACAGGGAAAUGUCACCCUCAAUUGGCAAACAUCUAAAUGCUAUUUUGAAAAACUAGCUUUGUUUAUAUGUGUUGUCCCACAUAGUAAAGUAGAAAUACACCUACAGGAAAAGGCACAGUUUUAGAAGAAGAAUUUUACUGUGGUUGUAUCAGGCAGUGAAGAUGGGAGGGAAGGACAGUUAAUCACAUGCUGUAACAUUAUGGGAGCCACCAGCAAAGGACACGGCUUCCCCAUGUCAGAUCUCUGUAAUCUCAGAAUACUGGUCAUCCCAGAGUGAUGUUUUUUUCUAAAAACUGAUUGCGAGGACUCUCUGUACUGUUUCUAGUGGAGAAAAACAGAACAAGCUCACAUUGUUGGAAGCCCUGGCAAUUCUGAAAGGGUCAUUUGUAUGCUUCCUUUAAAAGAAUUUGAGCUUUAUGUGAUUAUAAAUAGACCCACUGUAGCCCUGUCCUCACCUUUCCUGUAACAUGGGGUGAUAUAGUGAGAAGACUGGAUUACUCCACAUGUCAGUUCCUAUAUCCUGCAACCAUGGAAGGUAAAUUCUGCAACCUGACUGUGAGUUGAGUGAAACAGUCUGAUGUGUAGAUGGAGAUUCUAUUCAGUAUCGUCAACUGUGGCCCUGCUUUUAAUUAAAGACCAUGCUACAUGUGUAAUUCUCCCCCUUCCCUUCGCAACACACAAGGACUAGAAACUUGUCCCUUUAUUAAAAUGAAGGCUGGGAUUUAUAGGAAAUCUGGUAGAUCUGCUGUCUCCCAUGAUUUAUAGAAAUACUGUGCAAUAAACCAGUGUCUUUAGUUAACUUACAAACAAAAAAAGUGUAGUGGCUACAAGGCUCUUGCCUACCUUUUACUUUGGCGCUUAUUUUUUUUCCUUCUCAUGUAUGACCCUACAAAGUCAUCCCUGACACUGCAAACAUAAUGAUCUGCACGACAGAAAAAGGCAAAAUUCAGUCCCUCUGUUGUGGUCCGCAUGAGCAAUGGCUGCCUCCUGAACCCAAUCAACUUGAAAACCAGGUUGCUCUGACUCCCCUGCCAUCCCUCCCUGCUCUGUUGUAAAUAGUAUUUAUUAGUUUUUCCACAAUUUCAUCUGGCAGCCGGAAUAACGAGCCGAGACCAUGAAAUCUUCCAAAUGUUCUUGGUGAACUUUGAGAAACUUCCAAACUUGUUUGGAAUUCCUAGAAUGAAGCAUAAAAUCAAUGCCAUCAUUUGUUUGAGACACUUCCCUCCCGAUUUUAUCUCCUAGUUGGGUGUGUUCUGAAAGCUGGUGGUGUCAUGUAAAACAGUUAAGGUUUAAUAACCUGUCUACUUGGCAAGUUCCAAGUUUUUGUCAGUUCCUAUGAUCUCGGCUUCAGCUUUGGACACUGGCAGCCAACUUGGGGAUCAAAAUAUCCAGUAAGCAUCUGCUCCAGCUUGAGUAAUGAGGGCUGUUGGUACAUUGCCUAUGUGUGACUUUUGAGACUAGUUACAACAACCCCGUUCAAAGCAUUCUAGUUGGUAUUUGCUAAUGUGGAUAUUUUAGGUGUACAAAACGUACAUUUACCUUUCCACAAAUAACAUAGCUCCCAGGCAUCUCUAACAAAAUUAUAGCUGUCUGCUUAGAUCUUUCACAACGUUGUCUUCAGUUGCCUUCCGGUGGGGUUUUUCAGGAUUAUCGCAAAUGGCUAUAUAUGCAAUGGGGUGUCUUGUUCUUUGUGUUAAGCAGCAAUUUACAACACUGUCUGUUGCAGAAGUCCUUGUCAGUGUGUUUCUACGUGUGCAGCUAUCACACUUUUAGAGUGUUUGUGGAUGGACUUUCAAAGAAGUGGGCAUUAUUUUAAACUAUGGAGAUCAACAAGAGGGGGGGGGGUCAGUGAUGCUUCUUAAUCCAGGUUACUAGUACGUAUAUGGUGGCUUUCUUUUUGCUGUAUAUAUGCUGUAGCUCCACUCCUAUUUCCUACCUUGCAUUUGUUAUUUGUACCAUACAAAUUAAUGUAUUUUAAUAUGUCUUCUUCUGAACUAGACUUUUUUCUGAUGUAAUUGGUGGUUUUCCAUUUUAUACCAGGCUUGCUCCCUUGUUCCCUUUUUCAUCAGCUGUACUUAGAAACAUUAUCUAAUUCUUGAUUAUAAAGCUGGGUUUAAUGUCAGAUUGCAAAUGUCCAAUUUUUCUCUUUUUGAAAUAAUUCAGCAUGUGGGCCUUUUUUGGUGUGUGUUUAAACCUUUAAUUUUGAGAAGUGGAUACUGUCUGGGCACAGUUUGACUGUCAGUCAACUGAAUAAGUAACAGUAAUUGCUCCAUCGGGAAGAAUUUCCAUGAUGAACUUGGGCUCUCUAAUGCUUAGAAAUCCAUUGUGCAACACGCACACCAUAAAGCAUUGUAUAUUUAGCAUCUUUUCCCCUGCUCUGGGAUAAAAAUAGCUCAUCUUUAAAUUGCUAAUUGGAAAGUGGCCAUCUUUUUUUUUUAAAUGUUUUUCAAGGUGAAAGAGUAGGCCAAUGCUUUAGUGACUAAAAAGAAAGCAGGGUAUUUUUUUUUAAAAAAAACUAAAAUAGUUCUCAAAUCUUUGAAGCUUCCAGUUACCAAGUCAGAGCAUUGGUCCAGCAAGCUCAGUAUUCUGACUGGCCGUGGCGUUCCAGGCUCUCAGUUGGAGGAUGGGCUUCCCCAACAGCUGUUACCCAAGAUCCUUUAACUGGAGAUGGCAAAGGUUAAAGAGGGGACCGUGUAUUUACAGUACCAUUGAGCUCUGUCACUUUCUUCUGGAGCACUUUGUGUCAGAAUUUGAACUUGGCUUGUCUAGAUCCAAACACAGCAUUCCCCUUCCCAAUCAACAAACUACAUGGAAGAGAGAGAAUUUGUUAACCAGAGUGUUUCAGAGAUUUCUGUCAUGAUGUCCCAGUAGAGGUGCCAUCAGCUCAGAGGAAGGACAAGGUGUUUGUGGAUCCCCUCCCCAACUUGGCAGUGGGGAGGGCACUUCUCCAAAUGCCCUUGCCCUCGGCACUAGCAUCAAGAAUGCCAAUCAUACAUAUUGGGCUGUUGACAGGAGCAGUCAAUUGUCCAGUCCUUGCCCUGUUUCUAUUGGCAUGUUUGAGAAUUCUGAUGUUUCUUGCUGAAAUUCUGAUGCUCUGCUAUCAUACCACCAAAUGUCAUUUCAGUGGAAUCAGUUAACACAUUUGGCAACCAAAUGUCAGAUGCUGAGAUGUUUAGUGAUACACAUGCAUGUGUGAACCAGAUCAGUGGGUGAACCUUUUGCAGUUUCAUUGGGAUUUGCUAGGCUUAUUUUAGCAAACAAAUGGCUGGAAGUAUGCGGAAGAUCUUAAUUUUUUCAUGCUGUGAAAAAUAUGUCGGUGACAUUCCUACUGGGCUUACAAUUUCCCCUCUCUCCUUAUAAUUUUGUUUCUUAAUUACUACUAGUCCUUCUGAUUUUCUGCUUUCCAUGUUUUCUCCACCCUGGUUCCUUUCUAUCCUUGUUGAUGCACACACUGAGAACAGAGAAGUACUCUAGCUGAGCGUCACAUAAUCUCAUUGCACAUUUGGACAUUUCUUUUCAUAGUCCUUAUUCAUAAUUCCAUGUGUUCAGAGACAAUGUAGUGUAGCCACUUUCCUCUAAAAUGAAGAGUGGGUUUUUUUUGUCCAUUUUCUGUUUCACCAUUAAUCUGACCAAAGCUUGCUGGUUUAAGCAUAUGUUAAGAUGGAGUUGUACAAAAGUCACAAAUUAUAUGCAGGACUUUCUAAGUUGGCCCUCUUUGUCCCAUGUACUCUUCAGUGUGAAUACAUCAGUGCAUGUUUGUGGCUUGCUUUUAAAUGAAAUUGUCCUGUAUGAAAUACGGCAAUUAUCUAGUUAAGCAGAGUUGUCUGGAAUUAUUAAUAUCCCUUUUGACUUCAGUCUCUUUGUUCUUUGCUUUGCAACGUUGGUCGAACGUUCUGUUAAAGGCGACCCAGAAAAUAAUUUGUAUGUAAUUUUUCUGUAUGCAUUGCUCAUCUAGGUCUGUCCUAGAUGACCUACACUGGGCGGGGGUGGGGGGGGGAGAUUUUGUAUAGAAAACCUGUUUUCUUGUAUUUUUAAGCAGACGCGUCUAAAACUAAACAGCAAACUAAGUGCUAUUUUGUAUGUAGCUGAAUAAAGUCUGUAAUGCUUUAUCUGUUCCUUGCAAAUAAAUAUUUUCCUAAAGAAAAAAA